CUGGCAGACGAGAGUACUUGGUAGGAAGAAGCUGGACUCGGAGUCGUCGCUUGAGCCUUGCAUCUCAGAAAUUCAAGCUACUUGAUACAACUUGUUCUACACAGGCCAUGCAUCUUACAAGGCAUUUGUAUGUGAUGGCUGCUAUCAGGAAGAAACUGGUGAUUGUUGGUGAUGAAGCUUGUGGGAAGACAUGCUUGCUCAUAGUCUUCAGCAAGGACCAGUUCCCAGAGGUGUACGUGCCCAAGGUGUUUGAGAACUACGUGGCAGAUAUUGAGGUGGAUGGCAAGCAGGUAGAAUUGGCUUUGUGGGACACAGCUGGGCAGGAAGACUAUGACCGCCCGAGGCCCCUCUCCUCCCCAGACACCGAUGUUAUACUGAUGUGUUUCUCCAUCGACAGCCCUGAUAGUUUAGAAAACAUCCCAGAAAAAUGGUCCCCAGAAGUCAAGCAUUUCUGCCCCAGUGUGCCCAUCAUCCUGGUUGGGAAUAAGAAGGAUCUUCAGAAUGAUGAGCACACAAGGCAGGAGCUAGCCAAGAUGAAGCAGGAGCCGGUAAAACCUGAUGAAGGCAGAGAUAUGGCAAACGGGAUUGGUGCUUUUGGGUACAUGGAGUGUUCAGCAAAGACCAAAGAUGGAGUGAGGGAGGUUUUUGAAAUGGCUACAAGAGCUGCUCUGCAAGCCAGACGUGGGAAGAAAAAAUCUGGGUGCCUUGUCUUAUGAAACCUUGCUGCAAGCACAGCCCUGAAGCGGGUAAUUUUGAAGUGCUGUUUGUUAAUCUUAGUGCAUGAUUACUGGCCUUUUUCAUUUAUCUACAAUUUACCUAAGAUUACAAAUCAAAAGUCAUCUUGCUACCAGUAUAUAGAAGCCAACCAUGAUUAUUAAUGAUGUCCAACUCGUCUGGCCCAUCAGGGUCCUUCUGACACUGCUCUAACACCCCUCGUCUGCACUCCCAUCUGACACACCAGGCGCUAACUCAAGGAAUUUCUUAAUAACUGCUUGCUGCUUUCUAGAAAGAGAAACAGUUGGUAACUUUUGUGAAUUAGGCUGUUACUACUUUAUAACUAACAUGUUCUGCCUGUCUUUCAGCUGCAAGGUACUCCCAUGAGUCACCACUUCAGAACUUUACUCCUUAACAGAUCUCAUUGGCACAGUGCUAGGAAAAUUUUCAAUUUUUUGAAAAUGUGCUCAGUAGCCAAAAAGGCCCAAAUACAUGCAGCUAUGGCAGAGUUACAGUUCUGUGGUUUCAUGUUAGUUACCUUAUAGUUACUGUGUAAUUAGUGCCACUUAAUGUAUGCUACCAAAAAUAAAUAUGUCUACCCCCAGACUAGGUGUAGUAUUUUUUGUAUAAUUACAUUUUCUAAUACUGAUAUUUGUCAUCCCUGAAGAAAGUGUAUUGCCUUUUUUAAAAAAGAAAGUGUAUUUGGAAAUAAAGUCACAUGG